CUGCUUGAUCCGUUCAAGCUCGGCCAACGCACUCUACCAUGAGCGCCAGGACGAUCAAGGAUGCCAUCAGAGCGCUGCAGGCGCAGUUCUCUGCGCCCAAGAUUCCGUUGUCACUGCCCGCCGAGUCACGACGCUUACUACAGGGCUUCGUGGAGGAGCACGAGGGCACCAUCAGUGAGGAUGAGUCGAGCCAUGCCAAUGUCGAGCUGAAGACCUUCUGGGAGCGCUAUGUGGGCGACAACCGUGCCAAGUAUGGUGCUUUUGUGGGCGUACUACGAGAGCUACGGCCUGUGAUCAGGGACGACACGGACUUGUUUGGAUGGUGGCAGCUCGUAGUUGAGCCCGUCCUUACGACACCUGGUCGCAAGGCAGCGCUCGAAGAUGCUAGGGAGUUCCUGCUCAGCGUGAUGGUCAACAGCGACCAUGAAAGCCCAGGACAACAGCGUUCGAAGGUUUCCACGAGGCUGAUGACUGACCUGCUCAAGAUAUACCAGGCCCGCACCCGUGGUGUGACCGACGAAGAUCCGCUCAUUGCUCCCGAAAAUGCUCAGAUCGCGCAGCAGGUCGAGGUUGUCCUGGUCUCGUAUGGCAGGAGGCAACCCAAAGAGUUCUUUCACCGCAUAGAUGACCUCAUUCUGUUCAGCGACAAACGCAUUCAAGGCUUGACGCUGUUGAAUUCCUUCUUACGCUAUCAAACGCCGCACCUCUACCUUGUGAACGAUACUCCACUGGUCGAAGACAUACUCAAAUGUCUAAUGAACGACACUUCGGUUACGGUGCUCUCGGUGGCACUCAAUGCGCUGAUCAUGCUCUUGCCGCACAUCCCAGGUCAACUAGGCCCGCACCUUCCCCGGCUUUUCUUGGUUUACAGCCGCUUUCUGUGCUGGGAGCGAUUCAGUCCGCUGAGCACCGAGGCGCAGAGGGACACGGUAACUGACGACCGUGUUCCGUCUGGAUCCCUGGAUGACCAUCGUGAUAUCGGGAUAGAACAUGCUUGGGAGGUGGCGAGGCCAGAGGAAGAUACGGUGGAGACGUCACCACCCGAGCUUCUAACGUACUUCACGUACCUGUAUGGCAUGUAUCCGCUAAACUUCAUGAGCUAUAUACGGAAGCCCAGGAGAUACCUCAAGGACAUCGACUUCCCUGGAGCUGAUUUAUUUGACCUUGACCAGGGCGUCAUUCGGGCCCGCUCGGAACAGUAUCGUCAGGUGCACUUAUUGCACCCAAACUUCUACAACCACGUUAUCGACGAGGAGUUCGCGGAUCCCAAGUGGACACAAGCGGAUCCAGCUGAUGUCGUCGCCGAGUGUACAUCACUUUGUGUCAGCGCCAAGCUGUCUUCACUACCAAGCCCAGGACCGCCACCGACAGGCAAGCUCCCACACGUGCCGUCACUGCCCAGUCUUGCGAACAAGUUCCCGCCUCCGCUAUCUCCAAGCCCUUCUCAUGCAAGCUUUCGCUCUGGUAACAGCUGGCGCGACACACAGUCUACGGCCGUAGCUGCCAGUGUGGAUGACGGAGACAGCCCUAAUCGGCCCAGUGGGAUGCAAUCGGAAGACGAGAGCGUGCUGUCUCUGCCGCGGUCGCGACACAGGCCCAGCCGCGCAUCGCCUUCGCUUGAUGAUUUCCCGCACCCCAGUAACAUUAGCUACGUACUUCCGUCAAAAGACAGAGAGGAGUCUCCACCGCAGACCAACCUUACCUACUUGCAACGCGAGAAUACUUUGCUUCGCAACGACCUCAACUUUGAACGCUGGCAUAAAGCACAGUACUCAGUGCAUAUCGGCCAGCUCAUGCGCAAAAACGUCAAAGAUGCAACAGCUGAAGCUGAGACACUCAACCUCAUCAACGCGAAUCGAGCACUCAAGGUGCAGCUUGAUCAGCUACGUAAUGCAAGGGAAGCGACAGUCAAGGAUUCCGCCCUUACGCGCAAGCAGACUACCAACCUCGAAGCGAACCUGACCGAGCGCUUCAUGCAGAUGAGGAAAGAGCAGGAGACGUGGCGUGCUGAUGCCGAAGAGCUCAAGCGGCUCCGCAAAGAAAUUGGCCAGUAUCGCGAUGUCUUACUAGCGACUGAAGAGCGUGAGUUGGCGAAGACGCAUCGACUCGAGAUCGUCAAGCGCGAGCUUGAGAACUUGCAGAACAUCGAUCAGGAACUUCACCAGGCGAAGACUAAGAUUCGUGAGUACGAGUACCAUGAGUUCGAGAUGAACCAGGCAAAACGUGAGCUUGAAAUCUUGCAGCAUGAGAAGGAGGCACUGCAGAUGAGAGUGCAGCGGUUUCAACACGAGAACGAACGAACACGCCGAGCAUACGCCGAUAAGGUCGCCGAGCUCGAAGCUCAAUAUGAAACAGGCGAAUCCAUACCGCGCCGUGGCGCAACGCAGACGCCUGGUCCGGACGUCCAAACGGUCGUGCAACAGGCAAUUGCCGAGAGUCAAGCGAAACUGAGCCAGCUUCGAAAGAAGCACACCGCGCUUAUGGAACGGUACAGCGACCUCGAAAUGGAGUAUGAGUCUGUCAAAGCCCAGCUUGAUGCCGUGCUUGGCAAUAGCAGGCCUGGUGGCAGCAAACCCAGCUACCUGCAGGGCGGAGACGACGACAGCUACGAUUUCACAGCUUCAGAACAUGGUAUGAGCGGUGCUCUUGGCCAGCGGGACGGCGCGCGUAGCACGAUGGGUGACUUCAAUGCAUUCUCCGACAAUGCCUACAUCUCGAGUGCAAGCGAGCCGAGUAAACGCCACUACCAUCGAAAUAUUGACGGUGUCAUUCCAGGAUCGUCUAACGACAUUGGGGGCCUGAUGGCUUCUCCACCCAUAGGGGGGUUGAUGCCGGCGUCGCCUUCAGCAAGCGAUGCUGUGUUGCACCGGGAGGCCGGAUUAACCUGGAAGCCAACGCCAGCGGGCAACAGUCGAAAGGACAGCCUUGCCUCGAGAGGUUCCAGUGCACUGGGCGUAACCUUCAAUCAGACAGCGCCGUUGAGAGAAGAGGAGCUUGGCAAGGUUCGCAGCAAGGGUGGCAGCAGUGAAGCGAGUCUUGAGGAAAAGCGGAAGGCGAAGAUCAAGCCGGACAGUGAAGUCAGGGUGUAUGGGAGAGGCGGCGCCCAGAACAUCAAGAUGAAGCCCGGUAAGGAAAAGGACAGAGACGGUGCGGAGUCGAAAGCAGAAAAGAAGGUGUUCAGAGGCUUGAGGAAUCUUGUCUAGGAGACGGGGUCUUGUCAAGCGUUCGUUCCUCCGCUGGUCAAGAGGCCUUCAAAGGCAACGAUGAAUACGAGCCGUUCCGAGACGUCGAACGAAGCGAUGUGGGGCGUUCCUCUGCUCGGCUUGCGUUGAGCGUCUUUGUAAGGCGUCGGCAAGCUAUGGUUCAUGAUACCCUGACCUGUUAGUUGAUGAGGCAGGUGUUAGCCGUAAGGCGCACCGCAAUGUACACUAAUCGUGCAACGAAGCCAUGCUCUCCAAUUUCCGUAUUCCUGAUAUGCACAGGCAGCUCUUAG